AUGUUGUUUUCUCUAUUAACUCCACCAUCUUCGCUUUUUCGUUUGAUUUUUCUCUUGUCGGCAGUCGCAACCCACAAUUCUGUUAAACCUUGGUUCACUCCGUUUCUACUGCAGGCUGAGAUUAAUCAGCUGAGAUUCCGUGUCAAGGCACUUCAAGAAACAAAUGAGAUUCUUCGAAAUCGAAACGUUGAUCUUAUGGCGAAAGCCAUUGGAUCAAAUGGGUUACCUGCUUCAUCGCCUACUGAUGAAAAUGGGGCUUCAUCUGAUGGUUAGUU